UUCACUGUGAGAAGCCGACGAUGGCUGGGCAACACAAUGCGGGGGAACCUCUGGAAUGUUACAGCAUUCCAAUCGUGUUACACAAAGAGCCAGACCGAGACCAGCACGGCAACCCAGUCUAUGACCAAGAUGGCAAGCAGAGGUUUCGAUGCGGCUUUAAGAUUGGUGGUGGAAUUGACCAAGAUAAUUCCAAGAGUCCACAGGGUUAUCCAGAUAAGGGUAUUUACGUGACAUUUAUCUAUGAAAAUGGACCAGCAGCUCAAUGUGGGUUGGAAGUUCACGACAAAAUAUUACAGGUCAAUGGCCAUGACAUGACAGUAGUGACCCACAAGAAGGCAGUGGACUACAUCCAGAGAAAACCCGUCCUCAACAUGCUGGUGUUCCGGCCUGGGGUGCCCAGGUUACAGAAGUCAGGAGGUCCCCAGGCCCAGUUCCAGGCAUAUCCACAGCAGAAUUACCAGCCACAGCCACAGUAUCAGAGGGGGUACUGAACCCUGGGGACAGACCUUGGGGGGGGGGGGGUCACACACCAUCUUCAGCAUGUAUAAAAUGUAUGGGCAUUAGUCAGAGCGUCCAGUCAGUCAUAUUUACUUGUGCAAGGCAUUAGGAUUUAUAAGAACGUUUCAUCUGUAUUACAUUGCACCACUUUUGUCAAUUUUUUUAUCCAGUUGUAUUAAACUAUAAGAAUGCCGUUUAUAUCAGUCGUCUGAUUAUAAAAAAAAUAAUGAUGAGCUAAAUGUUUAUGUAGGAGUGGAAAUAUUAAUGCCAUCUGCACUUUGGUUCAUAGUAGUAAUAACUGAAUUCUUCUUUCAAUAAUGCAUUCUGUGGUUAUAAUACUAAUUUAGGUGCAAUACAUGUGUAGUUUGCAUGAGUGAACUGUCAUAAUUUGACAGCCAUUUUCUAUCAUAUUUGAGAUUAAGGAAUCUGAAUUCCUGCAGUAGCUUGUUCAUUCACACUUGAUGCUGUGCAAGGGUAAGAUGUAGUAUUGCUCAUUGUAUUAUUUAUGUGCCAUGAUAAUUAAGUUCCCAAAUUUUUUUCUCUUCUAUUUUUAGCAUGUAUUCAUUUAUUUUGGUAAAAGAAAUCUCAAUUCAAAUUUCAAAUCUUUUCAUUUGGUAACACAUUGACUAACAUUGAUUACUUUGCAGUUAUAUUGGGGGGUUAGAAAUCUAUUCCACUAAGCUAACGGUCUCAAAACACUUAUUCAUAUCAUAAUACUUUUUCCAUAUACAUGGUUAUAUAAUACACAUAGAUGCUUCAGUGAAGUCUGUUAUUUGCUUCCAAUUUUAGAUAAUGUUAUCACAAUGCUGCUUAUGCAAAGUCUUCCUAAUUAUAUUAUUUUAUAUGAAUAUAGAACAUAUAUUAUUUUGCAUGUCUUCAAGAGAUAUCUUGAUCCACACAAUUGUCUUUAAUUUUUGAAAGUAUGACAGUGUGAAUGUUAUCAAUUUUUUAAGCAGAUGAUUUAUUAAGAGUAACUGACAUCUGCUGAAUGAUAAUGUUAAUAAGGAUCAUUUAUUUCUUAGUUCUGAAAAUCAGAUCUAGAAUUAUCCCUGAAGAUUUGAAAUUGUCACAUAUCUGGUUAUAUUGAAUGUAUUCAUGAAAAGUCAUUGUUUCAUACUGAAGAAGUACGUCAUGGGCACAAUUUUUUAUAUCCAAGAAGGGUCACAGAAAUUAAACUUGGCAAUAAUUUGUAUAUACUUUUAUAUGGCCAACUGCAUUUUUCCAUAUGGUAAUAAGACAUGAGAUAUUGUGUAAACCCUUUUCUCGGUUUGAAUUAUGACCAAAACAAAUGAAAAUAAAAAUUUAUAGAUUGAGCAUUUAGGAAAAAUACUUGCCACAGGACUUUUGUAUGUAUUUUACUCCUAGAACUUGUUAAAAUAAUGUGUAUCGUAUCUUGAAAUCUGUACUUGUAGAGUCAAUACAGGGGGAAAGGUUGUGCAAUUUUGUAGGCUAGUCGUCUGUAGCUGCACCAGCUUGGGACCUUUUUCACUGCGAGCAGUACAGUAAAUUAUAACUCUCCAGUUUGACAGAUGGACAACUUGAUAGCCAGCUGGCUGUUAUGGAAGAGAGUCGUCUAAAAGGAGCACUCGACACUGCUAGUUUAUGGCAUAAAUUUUGUUUUCUACAUUGGGGCUUGUGGAAGUGAGUAGAACUUUAUGUUAGGACCAGUCAAAGUGGUGCUGUAUCAUAUGCUGUACUGCUCAAUGUGAAAAGGACUGCAGUUGACUUAUAUAUAUAUUUAGCUGUAGUGCUGGUCUAAUUUAGCUGCUGAAAGGUUGUGCAUCUUGUCAACAUUUAAAUUUAUACAUGUAUAUAUAUUAUAUAUAGUAUAUAUAUCUUCAGACAUUUUCCAAGUAUUUGUGAAACAAAAGGGUAUUUUCCAGACCAUGAAACACCUGUUCUUUGACCAAUUCAUGUCACCAGUUUGGUAGGUCGGGGUAAAUAUGUCAUGUCUAGAGUAGAAUCUCUUUUUUUCAUUAGUGUAAAGAUUGCAUGUUAAAUCUAGAUAUUGUCUAGAAAUUGUUCUAUAUUUAUCUGUAUGGUGCUGCUGUAGAGACAAUGCUGUUCUAUUAUAUUCAAGGGUGCAUUUUUUAAUGGUUUUUAGAUAUAUGAACAUCUUGUAUUUUGUAUGUGUAGAGUGCAUUCAAGAUUUGUAACCUUUAUGCAUUGGAGAUACAUUGUUGUUCCAGUCACAAACAGAGCAGUAUUUAAUCAUUUGGAGAACGGGUAACUAAUCCCAAGUCAAAACUUCAUGGCAAUUGAUUCUACAAUGCAUGUGGAUAGUGAAAGUGAAAGUCAGAUAAUUGUCAGAUCAAGCUCUUCACAUUAAAAUGGCUUAUUAACGUGUUGAGGAACUAGAGGAUGAGAUGGGUGACAUGUACAGUAUUGAUCUCUGUGUAUUCUCUGUAAAUAUUACAUACUAGUAAGGGGAGCAAUAAAAAGAGAAAA